AUGCCACCACGCCGUCGUUAUCUGGACCUGGUUGGAUACGACCCAGGAGAAGAGAGGGAAGUCGAGACGGUUGACGAGCGCAAGCCCGCUGUUCACCCCAACUAUUUGCAAGACAGCCGGAAAGCAAGGCUCCAUUUUGUGCGUGGAGCCAGGCUCCACCGGGACGGGGAGUACAUGAAAGCUGCCAAGGCCUUCAACGAGGCUUAUUCGUUUGGAUAUGCAUCCCGCGAGGCGAAAAUGGCUCUGUGCAAGUCACUGCUGCACCUCGAAGAAAGGAACGUCAAGGCAGCGAGGCGCCACAUGACCAACGUAUGCAAAGUCAAUCCUGCAAGGCCCGAGUGCUGGUUACUUCUGGCGGAGCUCUACCUGGCCGAAGGCAGGCCCGGAACCGCUCGACGUACCCUCAUCACCGCAGACCCCUUCUGUAUCACCCCAGACAUGAAGACCAAACAUGCUCGCCUGGAAGCCUUGCUCCCGGCGGGCAUGCACAGCCUUAUCCAGACGGGCUGGGCCACUCUUCCAGUCGAGUUGCUUGUCAACAUUGGCGAAUUCGCCUUGGCGGCCAACCCCGACUAUGUCAUCACCAUGGGACGUGUAUGUUCGACGUGGCGCCGUGUGGCUUUCGGCUCUCCUAUUCUCUGGUCGCGCCUCGACCUCACAGUGGACCAUCCGGUGGCCAAAAUGAAGAAGUGGCUCGAGUUCAGCAAGCAGUCAAUCUUGGAACUCCGCGUUCCUUCGUUUGAGUACUACCGGCCCGUAUUGUGGACCGAGGCGAAGCAGGCCAAAUGGGAGGCCACGUGUGAGGCCAUCACCACCGAUCUUCUUCCUGUACUCGAGAACGUGCACAGUGUCUACAUCAACAAGCUUCCGGGUCUCUGGCGAGGCAUGUUCGGUCAGCUUCAACACUUUGAGCAACCCGGUGGCACAGGAGAGCCUCUGAUCAUUGCUUGGAUCACGGGCGGCAUAGAUGAAAGUCACCCAACGCUGAGGUCCAUCGUGGCCGACAUCGACCUUUCUAGUUCUAAAGAUCUUCCUCAAGGGUCUGCCCGUUUAGGCGCUCUUGAGACAUUCCAAGGCGUAGUUUGGAGUGUCUGCGAGUUCCUCCGCGAGUGCUCCAAAGUCAAGGUACUCAAGAUAGUGGAUUGGAACGAGAAGGGAAACGAAGUUGGCAGUAUCCACCUGCCCAAUCUCCAAGUGUUGGGCUUUGAAUAUGACGCGAAGCUUAUGGACUACAUCGAUUCUCCGAACCCGGCCUCCCUCCAAUGGCAUGACAUGCAUUGCAGCGUCGAUACGGAUGGCCCUUUCACCCGGAUGGCAGCCCGUCAAGGUCUAUCCAACCUGGUGUCUCUUUCGAUGUGUGGUGCCCCAUUGAAUGCGGCGCUGGUCAUCAAACACUUGCCCGACCUGGACAACCUCCAACACCUCCACAUCGGAGGAUGGCUUACCUAUUUGGUCGCCGACCUGACCAUCGACCCCGCCACGCUUCUCCUUCCCAACUUGAGGGCAUUGUCAAUACAGGGUAUUGACAUCGCCAGCGACCGUCUGCUGUCCAUAGUUGAAAGCCGCACCACUCGCCGCCCACACGGGGUCGCCCAGCUGCUGUGGCUCGCCUUCAAUCCCGGCUCCCAUGCACUGCCAUUCCAGACAUUCCACCAGGAAACGGACUACCAGCUCAAGACUCUCCUUCAGUAUUACGGGUGGGACAAGGACAAUCUCCGUGACCCCCUGGCCGUGUUGAACGAGAACAACACCACGUUGCCAGCAUCGGAACAAGUAUCCUCCCUUGUCGAACUGCAGGAUGCCGCAAAACAUGACACCGAAAAGCCGGAGCGAAACGAACGUGAAGAGUGGCUGGUUGCCAUGAUCAGUAAACAUGACUUGGACGUGGACGCCAGUGGGAGACGUGUCCUCCCUGAUGGGUCGGGUCGGCUCGUGGUUGCCGCUGGAAAACUUCACCGGCUCUAUGACCUGUCCGAGCAAUGGUGCCAUGAGAGAUUCAAUAAAAGUAUGGGGGAGGAACUGAGCCUAUGGGAGUCGGACUAG